AUGGCCAUCGCAACACACAUUGUCCCUCACAUCCGCCGCUAUUCGCAACAAGCCCCGCGAGACCCCCACUUCAGGCUGAAAGCGUCCCUUAUGAGCUGCUACCUCGUCGGAGCAUUCACACUGCCGUUCGUGCCGCCACUUUUAGAAACUCGGAGGACAAGGAGAGAUGGGUCAUAUCUCACAAGGUACGGACAGAUCCUGUCUCAUGGAUGUUUACCAGCGCGUUACUGACUAGUGUUGUUCGACCAGACCCCGCAUUGAGUUCAGCCCCUCGCCGAAAUGCUAGAGUUAGCCCCA